AUGAUUCAAGGCUUUAUUGGGACUCUCAAUGACAAGAUCGGACAACAAUCGUGGCUCCACAUCGCCGCAUUUUUAGUUGUGGGGUAUGUGGUGCUCAACUACCUCAAGAACUAUAUUAUUUUCAGAAGAUCCGGAGCCACCAGAGCUCCCUAUAGAGGAGACUCAGUACUCGGAUUCAAAAAUUUGGCAGAUAUCAUCAAAAGUCGGAAGGAGAAUCGUCUUGUCGAAUAUCUCCAAGAUAUCUUCCAAGAGGGUACCCCACUUAAGACCUUCAAUGGAUAUGUUGCUGGAAGUUCCAUAUUCACCACCAAGGAUCCUGAAAAUGUUAAGGCACUUUUGGCCACACAGUUCAAUGACUUCGCCUUGGGUACCCGCCACGAUGCAAUGAAUGUCACUUUGGGAGAUGGUAUAUUCACGUUGGAUGGAAAUGGUUGGAGACAUUCCAGAGCCAUGUUGAGACCUCAAUUUGCCAGAGAACAGGUUGGUCAUGUUACCAUGUUGGAACCACAUGUUCAAGCGCUUUUUAUGAGAGUCAGAGAGGCUCAUGGUCAGCAAUUUGACCUUCAGAAACUCUUCUUCGAAUUGACCAUCGAUGCCGGCACCGAAUUCCUCUUCGGAGAAUCUUGUGAAUCUUUACGAAGCAAGCACGCCAUCAAUGGCUACGACUCGUUUGAAAAACUCAAGCAGGAUUUCGCCGAUUCUUUCAACUACUCUCAAACCAUGCUUGCUCACCGUGUUUCCUUGCAAAAGUUAUUCUUUCUUGCUGAUAGCCGCAAAUUCAGAGUCUGCAAUAAGAUUGUUCAUGAUUUUACCGAUCAUUAUGUGCACAAGGCUUUGGCUACUAGCAAUGAAGAUAUUGAGAAAAUCCACAGCGAAAGCUAUGUGUUCUUGUACGAGUUAGUCAAGCAGACUAGGGACCCUAAAUUGUUGAGAGACCAAUGCUUGAACAUUUUAUUGGCUGCCAGAGACACCACUGCUGGUUUGUUGUCAUUCACAUUCUAUGAGUUGGCACGCAACCCUGAGAUUUUGAACAAGUUGCGUCAAGAAAUCUAUGAAGCGUUUGGAGACGGUGAGGACUUGUCUCUUAUAACUUUUGAAUCGCUCAAGAAAUGCGAGUAUCUCAAGUGGGUUCUCAAUGAAGCUCUUCGCAUGUACCCAUCAGUUCCUACCAACUUCCGAGUUGCACAGAAGAACACAACUCUUCCACAUGGAGGUGGAUCUGACGGAAUGUCUCCAAUAUUCAUUCACAAGGGUGCUUCAGUGACAUAUUGCCCGUAUGCGAUGCAAAGAGAUCCAGAAUAUUACGGCGAAGACGCUGAAGUAUACAGACCGGAGAGAUGGGGCGAGCCAGAGGCCAAAAAGUAUGGAUGGGCUUACGUUCCAUUCAAUGGAGGACCACGAAUCUGUUUGGGCCAACAAUUUGCAUUAACGGAGGCUUCAUAUGUUACAGUUAGACUUUUGCAGACAUUCAAGAAUCUUGUGGCAUUUGACAUGGACUAUCCACCAGCCAAACUAACGCAUUUGACAAUGUCGCUUGCCAACGGGUGCAAUGUUGUAUUCUAUUAG